AUGUACGGCCAGCUUGUAUUCGCGUCCCUUCUCGCCGCUGCCGCUGCCCAAGGCGUGGGCACGGAGCAGAGCGAGACCCACCCCAAGAUGACGUGGAAGCGAUGCAGUGGUGCUGGAAGCUGCGAGACUGUCAACGGUGAGGUCGUCAUUGACUCCAACUGGCGUUGGGUCCAUGUCGAAGGUGGCUACGAGAACUGCUAUGACGGUAAUGAGUGGACCUCCAACUGCAGCGGCGAGUCGGACUGCACAUCCAACUGCGUCCUUGAGGGUGCCGACUACAGCAAGACAUAUGGUGUCAAGGCCAGUGGUGACUCCCUCAGUCUUCAGUUCGUCACUGAGCAUGAGUAUGGUAAAAACAUCGGUUCUCGAAUGUACCUCAUGAAUGGCGCCGAGAAGUACCAGAUGUUCAAGCUCAUGGACAACGAGUUCACCUUCGACGUUGACCUUUCCACCCUCGAGUGUGGUCUCAAUGGUGCUCUCUACUUCGUCAUGAUGGACGAGGACGGUGGUAAGGCCAGAUACCCUACCAACAAGGCCGGUGCCAAGUACGGUACCGGUUACUGCGAUGCCCAAUGUGCUCGUGAUCUCAAGUUCGUCGGUGGAAAGGCCAACGUUGAGGGAUGGGAGCCCUCAUCUAAUGACGCCAACGCUGGCGUUGGUGCCAUGGGAGGCUGCUGCGCCGAGAUGGAUGUCUGGGAAUCCAAUGCCCAUUCUUCGGCCGUGACACCUCACCCUUGUGAGACCAAUGAGUACCACGUCUGUACGGAUACCGGCUGUGGUGGUACCUACUCCGAGGAGCGGUUCAACGGUGAUUGCGACCCCAACGGUUGCGAUUUCAACCCUUAUCGCAUGGGCGUCCAGGACUUCUACGGCAAGGGCAAGACUGUCGACACCUCCAAAGUCUUCACCGUCGUCACCCAGUUCAAGGAGAGCGAAAUCUACCAAUUCUUCGUCCAAGACGGCAAGAAGAUCGAUAUGCCCGAGACCACUGUCGAGGGUGUUUCCGGCAAUAGGCUCAAUGAAGAAUUCUGCAAGAACCAAUUCAAGGCAUUUGACGACCGCGAUCGAUUCAAUGAAGUCGGCGGCUGGUCGAAGAUGAACGAAGCCCUUCGCGGCGAUUGGGUCUUGGUCAUGUCUCUCUGGGAUGAUCACUACGCCAACAUGCUUUGGCUCGACUCCAGCUACCCGCCUGAGAAGGCCGGUACCCCUGGUGGCGACCGAGGCGACUGCCCUCAAGACUCUGGUGUCCCUAGUGACGUCGAGGCCGAGCACGCCUCUACCUUACUCAAGGCAACUGUUAUCUACAGCAACAUCCGCUUCGGACCUAUCGGCUCUACCGUCAGCGUCUAA